ACUUUGUCUGUCAAUCAUCCUCGGAUCCGGCGUUGACAGGUAACGAUGUUGUGGCGAACAAGAGGACCAUGGCGACCUACCGCAGACGUGACGCCAAUUCGUGCCGUUUGUGGCGUUUAACGUGAUGCAGUGCUGUGUUUUUGUGAACGUAACGCCGCCCACGACAGACACAAACACCAGCACACGGAAACAGGCCGGAGAGGGAGCCCACGGGUGUAGCCUAGCUUAAAAAACUUAGCUAGCCGUGAGUGCUCGCCAUUGUUUGAGUUGUAGGCGAACAUGGCAACCCCGGCUAAAGGAUAGCAGCGUCGGUUAAAGACGGUGAUCCCCACCUUUGUAUUAACGUUGCGGCCAUCCCACCACAUGAUGUGUGACUGUUCCAAACUCUGGAAGCAGAACCUGUCCCUCUCUCCUCCCUCAGCUUGGGUCACACCCCCACUUUGGCUGUUUUCCUAAAGUACCCCCCUGACUCCCCUCAAAAAGAAAAAAGGAAUUGCGAUGACGGACAGAAAGGAGCCGCCCUUCUUCAAUAACAACAGAGUGGGUGCUUUUCACUAUAAGCUUCCACUCUAUGACCCCAUGGAGCUUUUUAUUGAGACCCUGACUGGGACGUGCUUCGAGCUGCGAGUGUUGCCCUUUGAGGCCAUAAUUUCAGUCAAGGCCAAGAUCCAAAGGCUUGAAGGCAUCCCAGUUACCCAGCAACACCUCAUCUGGAACAACCUGGAGCUGGAUGAUGAACAUUGUCUACAUGAUUAUGGCAUCGCAGAGGGUUGCACGUUGAAGCUAGUCUUAGCUAUGAGGGGAGGUCCAAUCAACACCAAGAGGGUAGUAACCAUGGAAGACCCUGUCAAAGAGGUGGUUGAGCCGAUGGAGAGCACAAAGGAUGAGGGUUGGGAGAAAAGCUUGGCCAACAAGCAGGUCACGUUUGUAGUCUACCGUGAAGGCGAUCAGCUCAACUUCUUCCGAGUGGUCGACAGGGGAGAUGGCUCCCUGACUCCUCUGUCCGAAUCUCUCAGUGGCGGUUCAGUAUACAACAUAUGCGCCGAGGAUGGUGAGCGUUGUGCAGCUGCAAAGCAGAGCCUUGAAAAUUCAAUCACCAUGAACAAAAUGAAGCUGCUUAAAGCGAAGAUGGAAGACAUGAACCUCAACAAGAAGCCGAAGAAGUCUGGUAAGGCAAAGCCACGGCCCCCCCCGCUCCAUCCCUGUGGCGGUCCCUCUGCACCUUCUAGCACACGCCACCAUCAACGCCUCCUACGCGCCAUCCCUCAGAUGAACCAGCCUCGCCAGUCCAAUGGCCAGCUACCUCCAAUAGUGGAUCAAGAGGUGCUAGAGCCCUUUCCGCCCCCUGCUGCUGUCGCUUCUUCCUACUUCUCUGUCCCUCGCCGACCGCCUCCCUCUAUCCCCUCGCCUUCUUGCUUUAUGCUCCAGGAGGAGGAGUCCUGGGAGACUUGCCCGGCGUUUGCAAAAAUUCGCCCCCCUCCUAAAGUAUCCCGUUUGGACAUUGGCAGCACAAGGUUAAUGAGGGAUUGUGUGUACCCUCAGCUCCCCCCGCUCUGCACCAGAAGCUCACCCGAAGCCGCCUUUGACCCGGUGAAGCCGGUCGGAGAGGCACUUGGGAUGAGUUUAUUGGAAGAAGGGCUGGUGGCUGCGUCACCAAAUUUAUUUGGGGACCCUCUGAGUUUGGAUUUGUCUACUCAGCCAGAGGAGGGUUGUCAAGCCUUUGAGGUUGGGGCACCACAGCAGCUGCCCCCCUCCCCACUUAGUACUUGGACACUUGGGACCCGUGGUGACACUCUGACCAGCAGAGCAGAUAUAACGCAGCUCAGCACUUCCUUCCAUUUAAGCCCUCCAUCGCCAUCACCUCCCUCCAGCUCCCCAAAACCCCGUUUUCAACCUUUUGACUCCAUGGUCCCCUGCUUGCAGCCCAGCCUUCAAUCACAAGUAAAGCCAGGCAGUUCAUCCCCUCACCACUCCAUGAUGUCGUCCAGUUACCCAGCACGCCUUCAUGGCGUUAAAGAGGAGUCAUUGGGCAAGAUGCCAGAGCUUCUAUCCAAGAGGGAAGCACGAUGCAUCACUAAGAUGGCAAAUCAAGCUUGUCGAGGUGACUCUGAGCUCCUCUCUGCAAGACCUGUAGACGGCAACAGUGGAAGGAGAGGAAUGGGACUGCCCCCUGCUACUCCCAUAGGACAGGGCAUCCUCUGCUCCAGGCUGUCAGGGCCCCCUCAGGAUGAUGCCGCACGACAAAUGUCAUCUUUGCACCGAUCAGCAGCCUCGCACACGACCAACAAAUGUCUGGCACCAGGUGGGGGAGUUCUGCCUCCAUUCGUGAGAAUAGGAACUCCGACAUACCACCUACCUCCAGUCAAGGCCCCCACAGGCACAAAGAAAAAGAGUUCCAAGCACUGCUUCCAUUGUGGCAAGAAGACUGGCCUGGCCACCAGCUAUGAGUGCAGGUGUGGUAGCAACUUCUGUGCCACUCACCGAUAUGCAGAGACACACGACUGCUCUUACGACUACAGAGGUGCGGGGAGACGAUUCCUGCAAGACACCAACCCUCUGAUCAGCGCUCCCAAGCUGCCUAAGAUCUAGAAACUUCCAGGGUCUUCUUUUAAAGGCUGCAUUGUCUGAAGCCUUCAGGCUUUGACCGACUGAGCGAAAGGGUCUUAUUCACCAAUGUGUGCUUUGUUUUCCACCCCCAGCCAAGUUGACUUCAAGACUGAGGUGUCCUGUUAAAAUGAAAACAUGAGUGGAUGAAGUCAAAUUGUUUAUUUCUGACAAAAAUCCAUAAAGCUCAUGCAUGUAUGUAAGUUUUUGUCAAAUGUCGCCGCAUGUUCUGACUUUUUAAGUUUUGGCAGCCUGGAAGAAAACAAAUAGAACAGCUGAUUUUGGACACGUUUGGACCAGUUGCACUUUAGAACUUCCUCAUGAUGUGGUGAAGGAUCUUUUUAUUGACAUUUCUGUGUUUGUCUUUGGAAGUGUUUAAAGGUCUCGUGUCUUGUCUCAUGUGCACAUAGUUUUCCUUAAGAGAAACAACUUAUUUAAAUUCAAGUUUGAAUUGCAAAUAUUUGUGCUGGUGUGAAUGUAAUUGUGUAUUGUAUUCGGGGCGGGGGCGGGCGCGGGUCUUAU